AUGCCGCCUCGUAGAGAGCGUAAGGAGUCUCGCCGUGCUCCUGAAUCUAAUUUCCCGGAUAUCACUCAGAUAGGGGAAGCAAUGGCCCAGGCUUUUCAGAAUGUAAUUCGUCCUCCUCCCCCACCUCAGGGGACACCCCUAGAGACCAUGUACAAUUUGAAACUGGAUCGUUUUAUGGGUAAUGAAGGUCACGAUGGGGCAGAGAAAUGGCUAGAUCAUAUUGAAAAGACAUUUCAGGUGAUGCAAAGUCAGGGGAACUUUCCGGCUGAUAGGUGGGUUGAGACCACUACCUGGUUUUUGGGUCGAGAGCCAACAGCUUGGUGGGAAAAUCAGACUAGGUUCUUGUCACCUGAGACGGCUGCUGACUGGAAAGUAUUCAAGGAGAACUUUAUGAAGAGAUUUGUCCCCCCAGAGUAUAUUGAUCGCAAGAAACAGGAAUUUACUCGAUUGAAACAGAAGAAUAUGUCAGCUCAUGAGUACUAUAGAAAGUUUACUGAUUUGUCUCGCUAUGACCCUGAUACAGCUGGUAAUCAAGGAGAGAUGCUUCGACGUUUCAAGAUUGAGGACUCCGAUAAUCUCCCCAGUGACAGUGAGGAUGACGAGGACAAGAAUGAUGGUCAGAAGAAAGAUGAUAAAGGUAAAUGUAUCUCUAUUCCGGGACCUCGCAAGACGCAGAAUUUUAAGAAGAGUGGGGCGAGUUCGAGUUCUUAUAGUGGUGGAUAUAGUAUUACUGGCCCGAUGAGAGGUGGUGGAAGAUUUUCUGGUGGGCCCAGAUUUCAGAAGCAAAGGGAUUCUGGUGGUGCUGGUGGUUCUGGCGCUCCGUGGUGCCAUCGUUGUAAUUUUCGUCAUCAUGGUGAGUGCAGGAGAGGUGGUGGUGCUUGUUAUACUUGUGGGCAAAUGGGACAUCAGGCUUCUCACUGUCCCCAAGGUCAGCAGAGACCUCAGCAGACCACUAUGCCACAUUCAGCGCCGAUUCAGCAGAGUUUUGGACCAGGCAGUUAUGGCCAGUCGAGUCGUGGUGGUGCUUACCACUACCAGGGGGAUGCUGCACCAUAUGCUUCCGGACCUUAUCAGUAUCCCUAG